CUGGCGGGAGUCGGGGCCGGGGUCCGCGCCGCGGGGUCUGGGCCCGGCGUCGGCGGUGCCGGCCGCGGGCGUCCCAGCGAAGGCGGCCCCGGGUCUGAGGUGCCGGCCUCGCGUUUGCGGGGGAUCCCGGCGCGCCUGUGGGACCCGCGCUGUCCCGCGUCCUGCGCUCGCUGGGGUGUUCCUCGCGCCCGCCCCGCCCGCCCGGCUUGCACGGUGUGCAGACUCGAACGCCUGGGUGGCGGGGCGUCGCCUCGCAGGGGCUGCGGCGCGCGAGGACCUCCGGGCGCUGGGGCGCUGGGGCGCUGGGCGCUCAGAGCGUGCGGGGCCCGUGUCCAGGCGCUCCGGGAGCCGCGGCUGGCCCCGCAGCGGGCCGCGAAGUGGCGCCGAAUCUUCCUCCAAAGCCCUGCGGGUGGGGGGUACGCGGACGGCCCGGUACCUUAGGAGUUACGGUGCUAGUUGCUAGUCUUGAAAAGCAACGGGGGAACAUCAAAAUAAGCUUGCGGGAAUGUGGGCGGUUUUCUUUCUCUCGAAUCUGCAUGUGACAUUUGCAGUAAGUCUUGCAAGUGCGUGGCAUGGAGGGUGGUUGGGAGUAAGAGAGACAGGAUAGGGUUUGGAAGUUCAGUCCGUCCCGAGCCUGGGCGCCCUGGGCUGGGGAAGAAGCCUUGCUCUCAGCCCGGUCGUGAUCACUCGCAGUGGGUGCCGUCUGCCCAGGCUGUCUAGAUGCGGGUUCUCGGUGGAGUUUCAUAUUCGGGAAAAGGAACCCCCAGAUGGCCAGGACUGAUGGUUUUCCCUACGUCUGCCUGCGGUGGUUACCGGGCAUUAUGGCCGACCCGGUCACAUCAGCGAGGGACUAGGGGUCUUCCUUUAUGAGCAUAUACCAAGGGGUGAGUGGGUGUGCAAUGGGUGCCUGCCUUUUGGAAGGAGAGCCCGUUCCUCUCUGGCCUCGCCAUGUGUGCCGAAGGGUAAUCGUGUGGCUGAGGCGCAGGGCAGAUGAACACGCUCCGUGAGUGCUCUCGGGCACCCCAAGGCCCUGGACAGAGAGGGGCACGUUCUGCAGCGGGGACUCGAGCCCAGCCGGCCCAGGGGGAAGGCCGAUUGACGGUCACCCUACAUGGUCACCCCACGUAACCGUCAACAAAGAUGGAAGCAACCUUCUCUUCUGUAAACAAGGCUCCCAAAAGGAAAGGGAAGAAGGGCAAGGCCAAGGGCACCCCGAUCGUCGAUGGACUCGCGCCGGAGGACAUGAGCAAGGAGCAGGUGGAGGAACACAUCGGCCGCAUCCGGGAGGAGCUGGACCGGGAGCGGGAAGAGCGCAACUACUUCCAGCUGGAGCGAGACAAGAUCCACACGUUCUGGGAGAUCACGCGGAGGCAGCUGGAGGAGAAGAAGGCUGAGCUGCGCAACAAGGACCGGGAGAUGGAGGAGGCCGAGGAGCGGCACCAGGUGGAGAUCAAGGUGUACAAGCAGAAGGUGAAGCACCUGCUGUACGAACACCAGAACAACCUGACUGAGAUGAAGGCCGAGGGCACGGUGGUGAUGAAGCUGGCCCAGAAGGAGCACCGCACGCAGGAGGGCGCCCUGCGCAAGGACAUGCGGGCGCUGAAGGUGGAGCUCAGGGAGCAGGAGCUGGCCGGCGAGGUGGUGGUGAAGAACCUGCGGCUGAAACACACCGAGGAGAUCACUAAGAUGCGGAACGACUUUGAGAGGCAAGUUCGAGAAAUUGAGUCCAAGUACGAUAAGAAGAUGAAGAUGCUUCGGGAUGAACUUGACCUGCGGAGGAAGACUGAGAUCCACGAAGUGGAGGAGAGGAAGAACAGCCAGAUCAACACACUGAUGCAGCGCCACGAAGAGGCCUUCACCGACAUCAAGAACUACUACAACGACAUCACCCUGAACAACCUGGCCCUCAUCAACUCCCUUAAGGAGCAAAUGGAGGACAUGCGGAAGAAAGAAGAACACCUGGAGAGGGAGAUGGCGGAGGUGUCCAUGCAGAACAAGCGCCUGGCCGACCCUCUGCAGAAGGCGCGGGACGAGAUGCACGAGAUGCAGAAGCAGCUUGGGAACUACGAGCGGGACAAGCAGAUCCUGGUUUGCACAAAAGCGCGUUUGAAAGUCACUGAGAAGGAGCUGAAAGACCUGCAGUGGGAGCACGAAGUGCUGGAGCAGCGGUUCCUGAAGGUACAACAGGAGCGCGAUGAGCUCUACCAGAAGUUCACGGCCGCCAUCCAGGAGGUGCAGCAGAAGACGGGCUUCAAGAACCUGCUGCUGGAACGCAAGCUGCAGGCCCUGAAUGCCGCUGUGGAGAAGAGGGAGGUGCAGUUCAACGAGGUGCUGGCCGCCUCCAACCUGGACCCUGCCACCCUGACGCUUGUGUCCCGCAAACUUGAGGAUGUCCUGGAAUCCAAGAACAGCACCAUCAAGGACCUGCAGUAUGAGCUGGCCCGGGUCUGCAAGGCUCACAAUGACCUGCUACGCACAUAUGAGGCAAAACUGCUGGCCUUUGGGAUCCCCCUGGACAAUGUGGGCUUCAAGCCGCUGGAGACAGCCGUGGUCGGACAGACACUGGGCCAGGGCCCUGCCGGACUGGUGGGCUCUCCGACAUAGCUGCCCUGCCCAGGGCUGUCCUCUGUAGGAUCCUCUCACCACUGUGACAGCAAGCUUUCGUUUUUUAGAUUUCUGCAGCAAUUGAAGGUUUUGCACAUCUGCUGUUGUCUUCUUGCCUGGCUCUGUGGAGGAGCUGCCUGCACAGGCUCAGCCACAGCAUCCUUCCCUGGGUGCAUGUCCAGUCUGUGCCACAG